CCGUGUGUCCUGCAGAGUGCACACCCACACCCAGGCCUCACCCGACGCUCCAGCACACACUCACACAGCUCAGCACGCUCACAACGGAGCAUGGCCAUGUGGAGAAUGAGUGAAACGUGGAGAAGGAUGUCUCUGGCACUCUUCCUCUGUGCUCUGCUCUUCCUCCGUUGCCGGGGGCAGAAUCUCACUUCAGAGGCUCCAGACAACGCGAUGCCGGAGAAUUUCUCAACGGCUCAAACUGUAACCGCUAACUUCUCAACUGCCACUGAUUCCGUUAUGUCUCAUUCUACAACCUCUGUCACACCCCAAAAUGAGACCACGUUCAGCAGCCAGAAUGUUACCAUGACCCCAUAUAACCAGACCACAACGAACAAUAAAUCUUCUGAUACGGGCGAUUUGUCCAAGAGGAACACCGUCUUCAUUUCCUUGCUGGUGACUGGCUUGGCUCUCAUCGCCGGACUCCUAGGAUGGUACACGUGGAAGCACCACCGCCGCACCAACUCCAAGGACGUAAAGCUGGCUGAUGAGUCCUGCGUGCCUGAAGAGGAGAACCAGGGCUACACUCUGGUGUCCGUGGCCCCCCUUAAACCCCUCGAAACGCAGGAGAAGCCCAGCCAGAACGGGGAAUCCACCGAGGCGGUGAAGACCCAGACGCCCCCAGCUGCCACCAACGGCCACUCCUCUGGCAAGACGGCCGAUACCGAGCUGUGAGGGCGUCGGUUCCACCCCCAGGUCCCAUGCGCCCCAACCCUGCUCCACAGACACAGAGCCUGGCCUACUCAAGACACUGGGGGACUGACACAGUAAAGCACCGGUCCUUACUCUGACCUUUUUUUCAGUACAUCUGGCGCAUGCUCCACCGCUGAGCAAUUCUGUUGUAAUAAAUUCACUGGUGAUGGUUCUGAUCGGAUCAAAUAGUUAGAAAAAAACAUUAAUAACUCAAAGUCAAUCAUGGUAUCGAAACGGGGGAAAGCCCCUGCCCGAGCCAACACACAACCCAAACCUUCAAAUUUCCAACUGUUAAGAAGUGUAAUAAAAUUGCAAGUCUUAUACAUUUAUGUUGUUCAGGUAAUGAUGACAGUAGUAAUUUUGAUCUUAUAUAAUGACAAUCCAUUAUACUAUGAAGAGCACAAGGGGUGUGUAAAAUAAAAGCCUGGGAUGGAGGGCCUCUCCUGUGAUUGGCUGCUGGUGUCCGUGUCUGCAAUCAGACUGGUCCAGGAUCGGUCGCAGGUCCCGCCUCCUUCAGCCUCUUCUACAUAUCUCCCUGUCCAAGAGCACACUGCUCCUCUGAGCUCCGUAAAUCAUAUAACGGUGAAAUCAAGCUCCAAAACCAAGCUUGAGGGAGAAGAGCGUUUACUUAGUGUGCGUGUGUGUGUGUGUGUGCGCGUGUGUGUGAAUCAGAGAGAGCAAGUUUGCAUACAUUCAUGCAUGCAUCUGUGUGUUUGAAUGUCUUUUCUGCAUUUGUUUGUUGUUAUAUAUGUAACAGUAUGAGUGACAUGGCUGGUAGAAAUAUCCAUAUAUGUCCAUGUGAAUAAUAUCUCCUGAUGAAAUAAGAGUCCCAUACAACUGUUGAUUAUAUAAACAUUGACAAUGUGAUGAUUAGCAGUUUAGGUGAUUGGACAGCCCUAUCCUGGGGCUGAAUAACAACUCAUGCAAACUCUUCAUCGCUGCAAACCACCGAUCAUAACACCGUCCAAAAAUUGCAAACCCCCACAGCACAUGCAGGGUUGAGUGGUGACUUCUAAAUCUCACUUUUUAAUGGACUGGGAGGUGUUUUGUGCCAUUUGUGCCUUAUGUUUGUAAACCAGUAUUAUGCUCUUUUUGCAAUAUCUGUGUAACUAUGUAGUGCUAGUCACUAUUCUGAAACUUGUCCUAGUCUUGUCAUUUUAAUGCGUACAUUUGAUUGACACUUGCAAUUACCGGCCAGGUAAACCAUGAACCAAAACCCGAAGGUGUGUGUGUGUGUGUGUGUGUGUGUGUGUGUGUGUGUGUGUGAAGCAAAUAGCUUAAUGUGUGUUAAUAGACUACAUAGACAGAAUACUGUGACCAUAGCAACAGGCUACCAUAGCAACAGGCUGUAGACUCUAGAGUUUCAGGAUGGCGUGGUAACUGUGACCAGUCGUCGGCCUGUGCAGUCGCCUGCUCUGUUCGCUUUCUCGCCGCCCUUCCGUCACUCUUCUACGUAUCCGGCAUUCCGCUGUUCCACUAAGUCUGAGGUCUGUGUACUGCAGUCGUAUUAAACUGAAGUUUUGAAGUUUGGGAUACGAAUAAAGUUUUGGAACAUAAA